AACGCAGCCGCAUCUUCCUCCUCAACCUGGGGUCUGUGGCGCAACCGGGUAGUCAUCGAGGUUGGGUUCGCGAGGGGUUCUCCCGCGUGCGGAACAUCUUAUCUCCCCACCACUCCAUCUAAAGCCACCUCGUGUAUAGAGCGAGGUCGCUCUCCUCUCACCAUAGACCAUCCUGGCGCAUCGGGCACCCUCCGCAGCCCUGUAGACUCCGAAUUAGACUUUGACUACGCCUAUACCGACCACGAAGCACUCGAGAUGGUCAGAGUGACCACCUAUGGUGUGGCCAAUGCAAAUGAGGGGAAUAGUCCUCAUGGAAUAGACAUAGAACGUGUUACCGACGGCUCUGGGGAAAACGAAGCACUGUUAGGAGGCGACUCGCACUCAAAGGCCCAUUCGAAGCUUGAGGGACAUGCGACACUGCAGAGCUCUAUUGGGAAUUUGGCGAACACAAUCAUCGGAAGUGGCAUGCUCACAUUUCCUUUGGCUCUUGCGUCUUCGGGUAUCAUUCCUGGCAUGAUUACAUGUCUUUUCUCCGGUGGAGUUGCAGCAUUUGGUCUUUACUUGCUCUCACUUUGUGCCGUCAAAGCUCCAAACCGCCGUGCUUCCUUCUUUGCUGUCGCUGAGUUGACUUUCCCUCGUGCUGCUGUAUUUUUCGAUGCUGCUAUUGCUAUCAAGUGUUUUGGCGUGUCCAUAAGUUACUUGAUUAUUAUCAAGUCGCUUAUGCCCAACGUUGUCGCAGCACUAUACCAUGAUCUCACCUCACCAGAUACCAAUCCACCAACUUGGGCGUUAUCCGGCCGUAACUGGAUAUCCAUCUUCAUGCUUGUACUGCUACCUCUGGCUUUUCUUCGUAGAAUAGACAGCCUACGGCACACGAGCUACAUUGCACUUUUUUCUGUCGCAUAUCUCGUAGUUAUCGUUGUUGUGUGUUAUUUCUUCCCCUUGGAAGGUACCACAGCGCUAGGCGAGAUUCACCUCAUUCAUUUUACACCAAACUUCAUUUCUACAUUCCCCGUACAAGUAUUUGCCUACACAUGUGCUCAGAAUCUUUUCCCUAUUUUCAACGAGAUAAACAACAACUCGCAGGAACGAAUGAAUAUCGUCGUCGGAACAUCCAUCGGCUCUGCGGCGCUGAUAUACGAGAUCAUUGCAGUGUUUGGCUAUUUGACCUUUGGUACAAAGGUCGGCGCCAAUAUAAUUGCCAUGUAUCCUUCAACAUCAUUGUUUAUCGCCUUUGGUCAACUUGCGAUUGCAGUUCUCGUCCUCUUCUCUUAUCCGCUGCAAGUACAUCCAUGUCGGAACUGCCUUGACAAGGUGUUUCAUGGUGGUCACGUCCCUCACAAGCAAGUGGUGGAGAGCGAUGAAGAUGAACACGACAUCGAAGCCGAAGACGAACAUGGCGGAAGUCAUGAUAUGAGCAAACUGAAGCACACUCUUCUCACCCUCGCCAUCGUCGCAAGUGGGUUCACCAUCGCGUAUUUUGUGGAUAACCUUCAGAUGGUACUGUCUUUCGUUGGUUCCACUGGGUCAACGACCAUUUCAUUUAUCCUGCCUGGUCUGUUUUAUUGGAAGUUGACACGUAACGACCCUAAUGCAAACAAGACUCUGAACAAGGCAUCUCUGGCCCUCGCGAUAUAUGGAAUGUUCAUUUUCACUUUCUGCUUGAGUUACAAUAUUUAUCAAGUGAUUAAUGUGGAACCGGCCAGUCCCAAUUAUGUAUAGCUUCUUGACUUUUAGGUUAUGUUGUCGAUAUAUUGUAUCAUUAAUCGUGAAUCUCUAUGAGCCUGAGCACC